AUGUCUUUUCAUAUCUCUGCCCAAGAUGUCCGUGUCGAGGACAACCACAUCCUGAAGGCCAGCAUUCCAAACGUUGACGGCGAGCUAGUAGAGGCAGAACUUGAUCUGAACUCAUGCCUUGGCAACAACGACGGUAGCUUCGCUUGGGAGGGUCAAGGAUAUGCCGACUCCGGUGAGAACUUCAGUUUUGAGUUCGAGGGAGAUGAUGGUCUUCCCAUUCUCCGUGGUGAGCUCCGAAACAUCGAGGGUGAGGGUAUUCCCGGCGAUAUCAACAUCUCCGAGCGAAUCUCCAACCAAAACGGACAACUCGUCUUUGAAUAA